CAACAACAGAGAAGCUGCGCUAACCGAGCAGAUUUUUGAAGGUGUUGUCCACCGUACCACACAGAUAUGUUUAGUGAAGCCAUGAAUGAAUAAACCUCAAAUCUUGUAUUGCUAGAAAUGUCCAGUAGUUUGCAGAGGAACAAGACUUUCUCUUCAAAAAUAAAUCAAAGGAGGAAAGAAGACGAGCCUUUCACCUGCCCUCAGUGUGGAAAGAGUUUCAAACAGAAAAGUCAUCUUGAGGUGCACAUGAAAAUUCACAGUAAAGAGCGCGGAUACCCGUGUCCUCAAUGUGGAAAAAGUUUGACAAGGAAAUCAUCGCUUAAGGUGCACUUGGGAAUUCACUCUGAAAAGCGCCCAUACACAUGUCCUCAAUGUGAAAAGAGUUUCAAAUGGAAAUCAUCACUUAAAAAGCAUGUGAGAAUUCACAAUGGAGAGCGCCCAUACACAUGCCAUCCUUGUGGAAAGAGUUUUAUACAGAAAAAUCAUCUUAAUGUCCACAUGAGAAUUCACACUGAAGAGCGGCCAUACACAUGUCCUCAGUGUGGAAAGGGUUUCAAACGCAAAACAACGCUUGAGCAGCACAUGCGAAUUCACACUGGAGAGCGCCCGUUUGUGUGUCCUCAGUGUGGAAAGAGUUUCGCACAGGAAAAUAAUCUUAUAGCACACGUGAGAAUUCACACUGAAGAGCGGCCAUACACAUGUUCUCAGUGUGGAAAAAGUUUCAAACGCAAAUCAGCGCUUGCGGAUCACAUGAGAAUACACACUGGAGAGCGCCCAUACGUAUGUUCUCAGUGUGGAAAGAGUUUCAUACAGAAAUCAAAUAUUGAGACGCAUAUGAGAAUUCACACUGGAGAGUGCCCAUACACAUGUCCUCAGUGUGGAAAGAGUUUUACAAGCAAAAGUAAUUUUGAGGGACACAGGAGAGUUCACACUGGAGAGCGCCCGUACGCAUGUCCUCAUUGUGAAAAGAGUUUCAAACAAAAGGCAAGUCUAGAGUUGCACAAGAAAAUUCACACUUGAGUGUCUUCGAACAUGCGUUUAACGCGGAAAGAGUUGUUACCAUAAGAGUAAGAAAAUCAUGAGUUUGUUUCUCCAUGCUUCCAAUGCAUUUAGGUCACACAGUAAUUCAGAGCUAUAUUUAUGCUCUACAAUGCAAAAUGUACUGUAUUAAGGAUAAAGCUAGUUACAAAUGGGGAAUUAGAUGUGAUGCAGAGUGACUAAAUCUUGUUGUUUUCUUAGAAUCUUUAUUUUAUAUUCACAGUUCUCACCUGCACGAAACAUGAAGUCAUCAGUCUUAAAGGGAUAGUUUACCCACAAAUGAAAAUGUUGUCAUCAUUUACUCGCCUUCAGGUACAAAUCUCUACACAUUUCUAAGUUCUGCUGAAUGCAAUGGACAAUAUUUGGAAGAAUGUCAGUAACCAAACACAUCCCGUCCCCCGAUUUACUGGCAGAGUAGGGAAAAUACAUACUGUGUGGGAGACAAUUGGAAAUGAUAUCUGUUUGGUUACUGACUCUCUUCCAAAUAUCUUUGUUUGUGUUCAGCAGAACAAAGAAAUGUAUCCAGGCUUGGAACAACCUGAGUGUGAGUAAAUGUUGACAGAACUUUCAUUUUUGGUUGAACUCUCCCUUUAAGAUAAUAACACACUGAAUCCCUGUGUGACUGAUAGAUUCUGUAUAAUUUAUAAAAAAUAUUCACAAACACCUGUCCUUUGUGGUUGUUUAACAUCUCUCACCAUUUAAUACAUCUAAUAAUAUAAAAAUAAAUAAUAAAAAGUCAGACCGCGGGAUUUCAGUUGUAAUCAUGAAACAUCAGCGAUCUCGUUUUUGACUGCGGACAAGUGGGAGUGCGCGUGUAUAACUAUCAUUAAGGCAAUAUCGGUCAACGAAAGAGUUUGCGGCCCGUUUAACAGUAUUUACGGUAAUAUCAUUACACCGGAGAGCGCCCAUACACAUGUCCUCAGUGCGGAAAGAGUUUCAUACAAAAAACUAGUCUAGAGUUGCACAAGAAAAUCCACACUGGACAGGGUUCAUGAACAUGCCUUCAGUGUGGAGAGAGUUUUCACUCUAAAAUGUAGAUUUGCUGUUAAUCAACCAAUCAAAAUGUUGACAUUAUUUCUUCAGUAGAGCAGUAAUGAUUUUUAGCUGCAACCUGUGUUAUAAUAUAGACAUAAAUGAGAUUAUUGUUUAAAAUUCAAUUCACAAAUGAGUCUAAAAAGCAUUGCCCAGACCUCUUUUGAUUUAAUAUUUGCAAUGUUUAUUUUUUUAUAAUAAUAUUUGAAUAAACUGAAUAUUUAAAAUUUA